GUGAGAUCUAAAAAGUUUUGAAUUAUAAUAAUUCAAAAAUCAAAAUCUUACUACCUACUCAAUUCAAAAAAUCAUAUUUAUUAACUCUUAUAUGUUUGUCAUAGAAUUAAAUAACUGCUGAUCCAUUAACAAGUUGAAAUGGACAAACGUUCAAAGAAUUUGCCCAAAUUUGGGGCAGCAAAAAUUUCGUUCACUCCAAAUUUAGGAUAUAAAAGAAUUGUAGCCAAGGAUUCAGAUCAACUAUCUAAGGUAGAAGUCAAAGUAGAACAUGAUGCUAAUUCAAAUGCUCAAUCAUCAUCAACACAAAAACAAAAAAAAACUAAGGAAAGAUCAACAACACAGGUACAAAGUGUGUUUUCCAACAUGAGUUCAACAAGUCAAGGUAGGCCAGGUUCAUCACGAAUGGGAUCAUCUGGUUUUCGAUCCUAUUCAAAUCAUGGUAGUUUCAAUAGUUCAGGAUCUUUUGUGAAAAAAGAAGCUUGUCAAAGCAUACAACAAAUGCAAAUGUUUGAAAAUAAUCAAUUUGAUAUGGACGACCCAAUGGAUGAGGUUCAUGGACCAGUUAGAUUACCUUUCUUAAAAAAAGUGUUUGUUUUAGAUAGGGUACCACAAAUUAAGUCUGAAAAUAAUCUAGAAUACCCAUACCAGAAGAAUAUUUAUCCUUCAUUAAAUGAAUUAAUUUCUCCUGAAUUAUUAAUUACUUUGCAGUUUUAUGAUAGUGCAUUUAGUAUUCAAUCCAAGACUGCAAAUAAUGAUCUAAAUGAAAUUUAUAACAAUGGUGUAACACCUGUUGAAUUAAAACCACAAUUACCUAUAAAAAUGGAAUAUAAUGGCCAUUUAAAAGCUGAAAAUGAUUCAGAAGGUGUUUUUAAAUCCAAACCAAUAGGUAAAGUACAAUAUUAUAGAUCCGGACGUGUUGUUUUAAUUUUCAAUCAAAAAAGAUAUGAACUGUUAAAAGCCAACGAGGACAAACAUCACAAGGAAUUAUUUAGUCUUACUAAAAUUGAAGAAGCAGAAAGACCAGAUAAACUAGUGAGCUUAGGAACAGUACCUCUACGAUUAAAGGCUGUUUUAAAUAUUAAUAAUAUAAUUGAGCAUUUUUUAACAAGUCAUUAGUAUACAAUAUUUUUUAUUAAUGUACAAAAAAAAAUGAAUAAAUAUACGUUUAUAAAUAA